AGGCAAAAGAAAAAAUCCUCCUACCUUCCCUUCAACCAGUACACCACCAAAGCAACCGUGUUUCUCCAAACCUACACAACCAACCUCUAAAUUCGAGAGACAAGCCAUGAAGGCAGCAGAGACGUGUGUGACACAAGUCCUUGAGAAACUAAAAACUCUUCCCAAGAAGGAAUUCAUUGACUACCUCAAGGGUAAAAUGACAAAGUUAAGGACAGGUGUUAAAAACAAAGUCUUAGUUGGAGUAUUUGGGAAGACAGGAGCUGGUAAGAGCUCUUUGAUAAAUGCCAUCUUGGGUGAGCCGAAUUGUCUGCCCAAUGGUGCAAACAUCAGCGCGUGUACCUCAGUCAUGAUUCAGGUGGAGGCCAACAUGACUAACUACAGCUACGAGGCAGAAAUUGAAUUCAUUUCAAAAAAGGAAUGGGAAGAUGAUAUAAAUCUCAUCAGGAUGUCAUGUCUGAUGAAAAUGACAACAAAAAUGAAGAAUUAGUCAGGGUGGCAACUGCAAAAAUUCAGGCCUUUUACGGAAAAGAUGGAGUUGGGAAAAGUUUAAAAGACCUGAUGAAAGGGGAGCAUUUCCGAGAAAUUCCAGAAUUUCUAUCACCAACAAACACUGUUAAGAUGAUUUCAUGUGGCACGGCAUCAGAGCUUUCUGGAAAGAUUGCCUGUUACACAAGGAGUGAUAAUAAGAUGGCAGUAAAACACUACUGGCCACUUGUGAAGUGUGUGACAAUUAAGGUGCCCAACACCAAAGAGCUUCUGGAACACAUUGUGCUGUUGGAUCUUCCUGGAACUGGGGACUGCAACAAGACCAGAGAUAAUAUGUGGAAAUCGCAUUUAAGUCAGUGCUCGUCUGUGUGGAUCGUGAAUGACAUCCAACGGGCCGCCUCUGAAAGAGAGCCAUGGAUGAUUUUGGAAAGCAGCUUCAGUUAUCUGAUACAAGGCGGAGAAUGUGAGAAUAUCACCUUCAUCUGCACCAAGACAGAUGACAUCAACCCUAAGAACUACCUGGGAUCACCAGUUUUAAAGAACACUGAACUGCACCUCGACCUGGAAAAGAAAGGAGCAGCUGAGCGGAAACGAGGCUGCAUCCAGCACAGAAAUGAACAAGCUAAGAUAAUGUUGGGAGAGAGGUUCAACGACGAAGUUGUGAAAAAGAAACCUUUCAUUCAAAUGGAAAAGAUCUUCCAAGUGUUUACAGUGAGUGCUGAGGAAUUUCAGAAUGAUGAGAAUCCCAUUCUGGAACAAGAACAGACAGAGAUACCACAACUCAAACAAGUUCUGGAGGAUAUGAAUGAGAGACACUCAAAGACUGCAGUUAAAGACUAUAUAUCUGGAGUCUAUGGGAUCCUCUCUUUGAUCAAAGCGGCCAACUCCAACGACUCGACGAUGGUUGAGAUGAAAUCAAACAUGUACCAACUGCUAAAGGAUUCACUGGAGGAGCAGCUUUCUACCAUCACAUCCCUCAUGACAAAACAUUACAACGACCUUAAAAAACUCCUGUCAGAGGGAGUUGCCAAUUCAAAAAAAUCAUGCUUGCAGAUUGCCAAGGAGAAAGUAAUCACACCAGAGGCAAGAAAGGAUGGCAGAGGAUACCAUCGUACAUUGUCAUCUUUAUGCAGGAAUAAGGGGUUCUGUAGGUCAACAAAUGGAGACAUCACAGACCUCAACAAAACGUUGGCUGAAUCUAUGUACGCUGCCAUAAAUGAGAAAUUUGCUGUAAUUUUCCCAAAUGCUGGAACAACAGGAGAAUCAAUCUAUAAGAAGAUCUGCAACUUCAGCAUCAUCUCAGACAACAUGGCCAAGGAGUGGGAGAACACCCCCAUGUCUCUGUAUCUGAUGUUUCUCACCACCGAGGAAAAUUUUUUGAAGGAUAAACUAAAACGAGAUGUCCUCCUGAGGAAGAAAGUGAUUUAUGAAUCUCUGACUGACGAAGUCCAGAUCAUAAUGUGCCCAUGUUAUGAGGAGGCUUCAAAGAUAUCUGGAAAGGGAACCUUGAAGAAGACUCAGGAACUCCUGGUCAAGCACAUCGACUCAUCGAAAAACCCCAUGUUUGACAAUGCUCAGAAAAAGAUGUUGGAAGGUUUUGAGAACCUGAGGGAAUACAUUGAGCAGACGCUGAGAACCGAACUACUGGAGUCAUUGAAGCGGUCCCUGAAGACACCUAACAGUUUAUCUCUCCCAGAUGUCAGUGAGCAGUUGGAAAACAUGGAGACCUACAAGAUGUUGGCUCUAAGAGAGCGCACAAGCCAAAUCUGACUGUUGAGAAGAGUCAUAAAGCAGAAGUAGUGACAUGAUGGUAAACCAUUCAAAACCCUUGGCUAUAAAAAUGUAUCACAUUUUCAGUAGCUUAUUUAUCAGUAGUUGUUCGUAUCAGAAGUUUUGCCGUAGUUAUUAAUGUUAUGUUUGCUGACGUGAUGAACGUGGUAUAAGCAGGAUAAACAUUUAGGGUCUAUCAGUGCUCUGAUAAAAAUGCAGCUUUGCUGAAGAAGCACCAUGAUGCUCAGAGAACUCAUAGCUCCUAGGUUUUGAUUCCUUACACAUUUUAUGCUCAAUGUGUUGAUCCUUUACAUAUUCUAUACUCAAUGUGUUGAUCCCUGCCAUAUUCUAUACUCAAUGUGUUGAUCCCUUACAUAUUCUAUACUCAAUGUGUUGAUCCCUGACAUAUUCUAUACUCAAUGUGUUGAUCCCUGACAUAUUCUAUACUCAAUGUGUUGAUCCCUUACAUAUUCUAUACUCAAUGUGUUGAUCCCUGACAUAUUCUAUACUCAAUGUGUUGAUCCCUGACAUAUUCUAUACUCAUUGUGUUGAUCCCUUACAUAUUCUAUACUCAAUGUGUUGAUCCCUUACAUAUUCUAUACUCAAUGUGUUGAUCCCUUACAUAUUCUAUACUCAAUGUGUUGAUCCCUGACAUAUUCUAUACUCAAUGUGUUUAUCCCUGACAUAUUCUAUACUCAAUGUGUUUAUCCCUGACAUAUUCUAUACUCAAUGUGUUGAUCCCUGACAUAUUCUAUACUCAAUGUGUUGAUCCCUGACAUAUUCUAUACUCAAUGUAAACAAAUAAAUUGGUAUUAUUUUGUUGGGUAACUGAUCGGCACUCAGAACUCAUUAAGAGGUGGCUUCUAUCUUCAAUAUAAUCAUUCAUUCAGAAGGUUAAACACAAAAUGGUGCAGUUUGAGGCCAUGUGGUGGAGAGUGAUGUGGGCGCUGGAGAUGGGGGUGUGAGCAGAUGGGUCUGGGCACAUGUUAUGUAGUUGUCGUUUGUAUGUGUAUGUUUGGUAUUGUUUAUAAAGAUAAAAUAAAAUGACAAGCUUGCAACGCG